UAGGAAGGAGUAUCGACUCUGCAAUUUACUGUAAGCACCGCAGCGGUAAGAAAUUCGUGGCGCUUCUAUCGCUGAGAACCCGUUUCUUCCGGUUGUGGAGGUGGAACCAUGUCCACAUGUGUGUGGUACAUGGGAGUAUUGCGACUCAUUUUCACUUAAUAUUCAAUAAAACAUGGUGAAAAAGUGCUGUGCAAUAAUAAAUUGUAAAAAUAGACAAACUAGUUCCAAUAAUAUUUGCGCUAACGGAAGACGGUCGGGUCCUCAACUACACAACGCCUCCUAUCGGUGAAAACAAAUUGAGGAUCGUUUUUAGAACGAAAAAGCUAAGGAGUCGAUAGUGUCGAUACUCUUUCCUAAUACUCCGUAGUGCUACUGUUGUUUGAGAUGGAUGAAGUAUCGCCAAAGGCAUAUCCACUAGCGGAUGCAUCGCUAACUAUAAAAAUAUUGAAUUUGGUACAGCAAGCAUUGAGCUAUGGUCAACUAAAGAAGGGUGCAAACGAGGCUACAAAGUCCUUGAAUCGUGGCCUGUCUGAGUUUAUAGUGAUGGCUGCAGAUACCCAACCAUUGGAGAUCCUGCUCCAUUUACCAUUAUUGUGCGAAGAUAAGAAUGUACCCUAUGUUUUCGUACGGAGCAAACAGGCCCUAGGACGAGCUUGUGGAGUUUCAAGACCAGUGGUAGCCUGUUCAGUAUUGGUCAAUGAAGGCUCACAAUUAAAACCACAGAUCAAGGCCAUACAACAAGAGAUUGAGAGGCUUUUAAUCUAGAUGACAUCUAUCUAUUUGUUAAUUUUAAUACCUCAUUAUUAGUGACACAUAACGUAAAAUCUUUAUUGCUACUAUACUAUUUAUAAAAAAAAAAAAUAUUCAAUCUUUUACGUACGGAAUUUUUUGUAUACAAAAUAAACUUAAAGCAUUAAUAAAAAGUCGAACAAAACAAGUUUGUGUUUUUUCUA